AUGAUAUCGGGGCAGAAUCACACCGCAGUGACAAGAUUCAUCCUGCUGGGCCUCACAGACCAGGCAGACCAAAAACAACUCCUCUUUGCCGUCUUCCUGAUGAUCUGCACCGUGACACUGGUGGGCAACCUGGGCAUGAUAGACCUGACCCGUGCCAGCUCUGCCCUCCACACCCCCAUGUACUCUCUUCUGAGCGUGCGCUCCUUCCUGGACACCUGCAAUUCCUCCGUGUUCACCCCCAGGCUGCUGAUCAGCAACCUCACCACAGACCGGUCCAUCUCCUUUACAGGCUGUGUGGUCCAGAUGGCCUCCGUGAUCCUCCACGGCACAGGGGACCUGCUCUUGGCCAUAAUGGCCUAUGAUCGAUUUGUGGCCAUCUGCCACCCUCUCCUCUACCACGCCAUCGUGUCUAAGCGCUUGUGCAUCCAGCUGGUAACGGUCACCUACGCUGCGGGGGUGUUCGUUUCAGCUCCACAGACGAGGAAUGCCUUCAUCUUGCCCUACUGUGGUCCCAACGUCAUUGAUCGUUUCUUCUGUGACAUCCCCCCCUCCGUCUUGAUUUCUUAUGCUUUCAUCCUGGUCACAAUCUGUAGGAUGAGGUCCCUGGAGGCCCAGCGCAAAGCUUUCUCCACUUGUGCCUCCCACCUCACUGCCCUCUCCCUCUUCUACGGGUCUGUGUUCUUUGUCUAUGUCCAACCCAACCCUGGAAGUGCUGCAGCCUAUAACAAGGGCCUCUCUGUGUUCUACACCAUUGUGAUCCCCAUGCUGAACCCCCUGGUCUACAGCUUAAGGAACAAAGAUGUCGAGGCUGCUGUACAAAUUAGGGUCCUUAACUUCAGCAGAAAAGGAAUUUGUUAG